AAUAAUUAGAGGACAAGCUGGUUAUUCCCUUCACAAAUCUAUUGCCGCCGCCAUAUUGUCCACUGUUACCCAAAUCUCAAUUUAUCCUCCUCACCUUUCCUCUCGUCGUAGUUUCCAAAAAAAGAAAAGAAAAACUCAAGAAUUCUCUCAAUCUCUUCCCAAAUCUCAAAUUUUUCCUCCCAACCAUGUUGUUAUCGCCGGGCCACUCCCCCCGUCACCUUUCAACACCGUCUCCUUCACCGUCUGUCGCCGAGCAAAACCCUAAUUCAACCCUUAUCACCACCACCAACAACAAUUCAUCUUCAACAGUACCAAUCAACAAACACCGUAACAAAGUACUAGACGAAGAUACCUACGUGGCUGCAAUAGAAAAAAUAAUCGAGCGCGAUUUCUUCCCGGAUAUCCCAAAGCUUCGUGAUCGGCUCGAUUGGCUUGAAGCGGUUCGCACAGGCGACCCGGUUCAAAUCCGAGAUGCUCAGUUAAAAAUCAUCGAGCGAAGGGGAGGUAAAGCUGUUGGAUCGAACACUGGAGGUAAAUUUCGAACCCCCGGUUCAACUUUCUUUCGAAAUUCCACUACCCCCUUUGAUGAUCCUUAUAAAACCCCUACCCCUAGUGUAGUUAAGGGUAAUAAUUUGUCUAGUGCUAGUGAUAAUGCUGAGGGUGAUGAUGAGGUGGAUGUGGACGUGUCAUUGACGUUAGAUGAGUUUUUUAGGAGGUAUACGAGUGAGGACAAUGAGAGUUUUUCGAAGAUAAUUGAGAAAGUUAAUAGAAAAAGGAAAGAGAAAUAUGGGUAUUUGUUGGAAGGUGAAAAGGGGGAGGAUGUUAUGUUGAUUGAGGAUUCUAAGAGGGCCAAGGUAGUUACUGAUGGAUAUGGGACGUCGGAUCAGCCAGUGGCUACAUUGGAAGGGUGGAAAUAUUGUGCUAAGAAUUUGCUGAUGUAUCAUCCGGCUGAUAAUGGGGAGGUAGCCUUGACCGAAGAGGAAAGAGCUGAGAGGCUCAAGGGAUUGACGAAAGAGAUUAGUAAGGUGAAUACGAGGUUUCAUGGUAAAAUGAUGGAGUCUCAGCCUAAAGAGGACGAGACAGUGGCUGUGCUUUAUACACCCGUUCAUGGGGCGACUCCUGUUUAUUUUCAUGAUAGAGGUGAGGAUAAGUUGAAGAGGUAUGAUUUGGAAGAUCUGCGGAAGACCCCAAAUCAGUUCUUUGUUGAGUCAGGAAAGAAGGCUGAGAAUGGAUAUAGUUUUGUUAAGACUCCUUCGCCCGCUCCUGGUGCGGAUGAAUCUCCGUUUAUAACAUGGGGAGAAAUUGAAGGAACACCUCUAAGGCUGGAGCAGGAGGACACACCCAUUGAUAUUGGUGGAAGAGGUGAAGGCCCUCAAUAUAAGAUACCAAUGCCACCCUCUAGAGAUAUGAAGGCUCAUUCUUUAUCUCGUGAGGCUGCUCGUAAGUUGAGGGAGAGGUCAAAGAUGUUUCAGAAACCACCAUUACCUUCACCAGUUAGAGGAGGGAGUGCUAGUCCAAGUGCACGCCCUCUUUCACCUGCUGCACAGAAGUUUAUGCGAAAGGCAAUCGCCAAGUCUUCUCACACUUUAGAUGAGUCUCUUCGAGCAAGUUACCGUGGUGCAAGUCCUGGAUUGAGUACUCCUAAAGCUGGUAGGAGUUUGUCAAGGUUAGGAAGAGAAGGUAGUGCAGAUUCCAGGUCACCAUCUGUAAGAGAGGGCUCUAAUCCUCCUUGGUAAUUGUAUGUCAGCAAUGUUUUAUUGAUGACUACCUUUUAACUGUACUAAUUCUUGUCUUCUACACCUGAGCUUUACUUAAUAUUGUCUUUGCAUCAGUUGAUGUCUGUAAAUGUUGAUAUCUUGAAUGUGCUUGUUUCGAUUAUGUGUCGUACCUUUUUCUUGUUCUGCUUAUUUACUCAUCACUUUAUGGA